AUGGAGACUAAAACCCAAGAUGCGAUCGUCGAGAGCGAGAAGAAUGCCCGCCGCUACGAUGAGAAAGCGGACCUUGAGAGCAUCAGGCCUGUCGCGGGUGGAAAUGCAGACUACACGGGUAGUGUAGCGAAGACGGAUCCCAAGGAGAUAGCGCUCGUGCGGAAGAUCGACUGGAGACUUAUGCCUACGCUGUGCACCAUGUACUUCCUCAACUAUGUAGACCGCAACGCCAUCGCGCAAGCGCGCCUCAACAAUCUCGAGGAAGAUCUCGGCAUGACGGGCGUGCAGUUCAAUACGACAGUCUCCAUCCUCUUCGUCGGCUACGUGCUCAUGCAGAUCCCGUCCAACAUGCUGAUCACGCGCAUCAAGCCGGGCAUCUACAUGAGCUCGUGGAUGCUGGUGUGGGCCGUGGUGUCGGGGUGCACGGCGCUGGUGCAGACUUUCGGCGGCCUGGUUGCGUGCCGCUUCUUCUUGGGCAUCACCGAGGCCCCGUUCUAUCCGGGCGCGACGUAUAUGCUGAGUAUCUUCUAUACGCGCAAGGAGGUGGCUACGCGUAUUGCCCUCUUGUACUGUGCCCAGAUCCUGGCGACUGGAUUCUCGGGCUUGAUCGCUGCGGGGGUCUUUGCUGGCUUGGAUGGAGCCAAGGGCAUCGCUGGCUGGCGAUGGCUCUUCAUCAUUGAGGGCGCGGCGACAGCCUUCGUGGCUGUCUUCGGCUUCUUCUUGCUCCCCAACACUCCUCUGACAACAUCCUGGUUGACGCCUGAGGAGCGCCAGAUGGCUCACGACCGCAUGGAGCGCGACCGUGUUGGCGAUGCGGGCGAGAAGGUCAGCAUGAUGGAAGGCCUCAAGCAAGCGUGCAAAGAUAAGCGCACGUGGCUGUUCUGCUUGAUGCAAAACUUCCACCUAAGCGCCUGCUCAUUCAACUCGUUCUUCCCCACCGUGGUCAGGACUCUCCGCUUCGAUCGCACCAUCACGCUCGUCCUGACCUGCCCGCCUUUCCUCUUCGCCGGCGUAGCAGGAAUCAUGACUGGCUGGAGCUCCGGGCGCAUGCACGAACGCACCUGGCACAUCACGGCGGGCCUGUCGGUCGCCAUCGCUGGAUUCGUGAUCGCAGCCAGCACCAUGAACACGGUAGGCCGCUACAUCGCAUGCUUCAUUUUCCCCGUGGGCGCAUACUCGGUCAACUCGGUCAUCAUCGGCUGGGCGUCGUCGACUCUCAGCCAGACGAAAGAGAAGAAGGCGGUUGUGCUGGCCAUGACCAACGUGGGAGGCCAGAUUGGGUAUAUCUACGGUGCGUACCUGUGGCCGGACACGGAUUCUCCUCGCUUCGGCAUUGGCUUUGGUGCGUCUGCGGGCUUUGCGUUGCUGAGCAUUGGGUGUGCGUGGGCGAUUCGUGUGAUGUUGAUCAAGGAGAACAAGAAGCUGAGGGAGUCGACGGACGGAGACAUCAACUUGUACGGAUACUAG